AUGGAGGCAGAGAAAGCAGAGGCGAGUUGGACAUACGAGAAUCUGUUCCAGAAUUGUAAAUACACCGUUGGAUUGUCCGCCGUCGUAGCCUUCGGUUACUGUUGUUUACCGGUGAUCGUCAACCAACUGCACGGCAAAAUCCAAACCACGGAAAAAAAGGAACCAGAUCUUUACGAUCAAUAUGUAGCCGCCGUCCCUCCACCCUCCACCGUCACGCCGUUCGAUUCCUAUAAUAUGUCAAAGUUUGAAGAUGUUGGAUAUUACAAUAACUCGACUUACAGAGAGAAUGUACCCGCGUUUCAAGCGGUUAAGGCGGUUGAGGAGAGUAGUUAUAGUUACGAUCAAGAAGUGGUGGAGAUGAGUUCGAAGAGUUACAGGAGGACGAGCAGAUCGGAGAAGAAGAUGACGGAGAGGAUGGUGGAGUAUCGGAAGACGGAAACGGAGAGAGUGACGAAAACGGGGUCGUGGAGGUCGCAGUCUAUGGAUGGUUUAAGCAGCGGCGAGGAGUUUCGUAGGACGAUACAGACUUUUGUCUCGGAGCAGAAGAAGAUGCAUAUAAUCCGAGCUAGCGGCGUCGAUGAUCAGUUGGAAAACGGCUACAUUCACCGAGCUAGCGGCGUCGAUGAUCGUGUUCACUAUUGGGAACACGGCGCCGUUCCUCAGUGGCAAAACGAUGACGUUCCUCAGUUGCAAAACGGCGGCGUUCCUCAUUGGUGGCAAAACGGCAGCGUUUCUCAGUUGCAAAACAGCGAUGUUCCACAAUGGCAAAACGGCGGCGUUCUUCAGUUGCAAAACGGUGAUGUUCCACAAUGGCAAACCGGCGGCGUUUCUCAGUUGCAAAAUGGUGUCCAUGAGCCUCAAAACGGUAUCGUUCAGUGGAAAGGAUCUCGUGACGAUGGAAGUGGUCGUCAUCGUCAUCGCCAUGGUCAUCGUAGUCGUAAACAUAGGCAGUAG